AUGGCGUCGUUUUAUCGCUAUCUAUUCUUCUUAUGGCUGAUGAGUACUGCUUCUACGGUGUUCGCUGGUGAAGAAAACGCAGGCCAUCUAACUCCCCUUACACAGAUCAAAAAAUACGUCGCCCUGGGAGAUUCAUAUGCGGCUGGAGUAGGUGCAGGCCCUGAAGUAAGCAGUGAAUGCUGGCAGUUCGCCGACAGCUAUCCAGGCUUGUUGAACCGUAGCAGCUUGCUUCCAGAGGCCCAUGAUUUCCAGUUCCUAGCAUGCUCAGGAGUCAGAAUGCUAGGUUUAGACACAUACACGAACCGUGCUGAAAGAAAGCUGCACAGAUCAGUGGCCGAAUAUAUUGAGAAAGUCGAGAAUGCAAGCGUUGCAACUUUGUCUAUUGGCGGAAACGAUGUGGGUUUCUUUAACCUCCUCAAUGCCUGUGUCUAUAACUUCUACGGCCCUUUGUCGGGUUCGUGUGAGGAAAGAUUAGAAUUUGCCAGCGCAGUUAUAGCCAGCAGUCAGUUUGCCGACGGAUACAAUGCAAUGCUAGACUUACUGGUGGAAAGGGGCGACUCCCCGUCUUUUAGGAUCCUUGCAACGGGAUAUAGCGCCUUUUUCGACGAUGCCUUGACUGAAGAUUGCAACGAAUACACCUUGAGCUACUGGCCCGGCUGGUGGCACCAGUAUCUCUCGGUCGAGCUAAGGAAGAGAAUCAACGAUAUUUCCGAUCAGCUGAAUGACAGGAUUGGUCAGAUCAUCAGGGCUCGAUCGGAUGACAGAGUGAUAUGGGUCAACUGGGCGCCGCGAUUUGUCAAACAUCGUUUCUGCCAGCCGGGAAAGCCACCUGUCAAUGGGGAAGAUACCUGGUUUUUCGACGUCGAUUUUCGAAGUUUUGUCCCGGACGACGAAGUUGAUAUUGAGACCUGCGAGCAUGAGUCAAGUCUCUCCGGUGACUGGGGGGAGAGAGCAUUGUGCGGAAUGGCAAUUGUCAAAGCAAGGUUUCCUGAGGCAACGAUGCGUGGCUUCAACGACAGUCUAGAUGUCAAUGGUGGUCGUCAACCCUUUGCGCCGAGCACUGCAAGACUGUUUCACCCCACGUUACGCGGGCACCAGGCGAUUUUGGAAGAGAUACGUCGUGUUUGGCCGUAUUAUUAG